AUGGCUGGCUCCUAUUUAGCUAAGAACACAAACUGGACACGGAAUUUUCUUAGAGGUCUCGCCAACUAUGAGUUCCGAUUACCGAACAGUUUUCAUGGAACCGACAAUGGAGCGAUUCAUGUUGGUAGGCUUCUUUCCAAGAAAAGAUUAGGUUGUUGCAAUAAAAAUUUUCUUUGGAUAAUGAUAAAAUGCAUCACAAGGCUAACAAGCAGCUCUGGCUCGGACAUAUUGUUUUUUGCAUUUAUCACCCAUGGUCAUAUUCUGGACAAGCAGCGCAGGCUUUCCUCAGAACUAGAGGAAUGA